AGCUUGCGUGCUCAGGUCCGCCACUUGUUCUGAUUCACCAUGGGCUCAAACUCCUCCACUGUCAGCUCCUCUCCUCUCAACUCCUCUCCUCUGAAGUGCCCCAUCUGUCUGGACACCUUCACUCAGCCCGUGUCCACCCCGUGUGGACACAACUUCUGCAAGGGCUGCCUGGACACAUACUGGAGUGGCUCUACGGUGGUCAAAUGUCCUCUGUGUCAGCAGGUCUUCUCCAGCAGACCACAGCUGAGCACCAACGUUCUGCUGAGGGACCUGCUCCCACCUCAGGACUGUCCACAGGCCUCCCCCACUCAGCCCUCCCCUCCUCCUGACGUCCAGUGUGGGCCGUGUGCAGUCGGGGGCAGGAGUGUGCGGGCGGUGCGCUCCUGUCUGCACUGUGAGGAGUCCUACUGCUCUGAGCACCUGCGCGGCCACCAGAGGGAGCCCCAACUCAUGGUACAUGAACUGCUGAAACCUGUGCACCGCCUGCAGGCCAGAGUGUGUAAGCAGCACUCCUCUCCUCUGGACCUGGUGUGUCACGAUCACCUCACGGCUGUGUGUGUGACCUGCAUCAGCUCAGAACAUCAAGACCACAAAUGUGUUCCUCUGAAGAACCGCCUGAGGAACAAGAAGGCUCAGGUGGAACAGGAGCUGGGUGACGUGCAGCAGAAGCUCGAGGAGAGAAGAGCCCUGAUGGGGAAGUACACUGAGUGUGAGAACAUCUUGGAGAAGAACGCGGUUUCAGAUGUUGCAGACGUGAUGAUGCUCACGGGGCUGAUGCAGGAGCUUCUCAAACUGAAGCAGGCGGCAGUGGUGGCUGCACUCCUCCUUCUGAAGAAAAAGAACUCAGAGCAAACAGAGAACAUGAAGAAGAAGCUGCAGACUGAGGUCCAACAGCUGGAGAGAAGACAAGGGACGCUCACGAGGCUGUCCCAGGCCGAGGACGGACUGCACCUACUGCAGAACUGGGCGUCUCUGGGAGUAGCCCCACACCUGGAGGACUGGUCCCACAUCAGUCCUUACAGUGACUCUGCAGUGGGGACGUCUCGGAGCGCUCUGCUCAAAAUACUGGCGGAGAUGGGUGUUGCAGUGAAGGAGGGAAUGAAGGCUCUGGAGACUAAAGAGGUCAGGAGAGUCCGGCAGUACGCAGUGCAGGUGACUCUGGACAUGGACACUGCUCACACAGCCCUGCAGCUCUCCUCUGAUGGCAGAGAGGUGUGUCACGCUGAAGUAGUCCAGACCCUCCCCGAUCUGCCCCAGCGCUUCGACACUCUCACAGGGGUGCUCUCCAAACAGGGCUACUCCUCAGGGACCUUCUACUUCGAGGUCCAGGUGGAGGAUGUUGCAUCUUGGGAGAUUGGAAUUGCCUUGGAGACAGCGGACAGAAAAGGUCCGAUUACACCGCACCUCAGCACGGGCUUCGCCGUCCUCACUCUCCUGGACGGCACCCUGACCGCCAGUGACCGCCCUCCUAAGGAGAUUCACCACCCCCACACCCCCCAAAAGAUCGGGGUCUUCGUCAGCAUCGAGGAGGGUGAGGUGGGCUUCUACGACGUCACCCACAGCACACACAUCUACUCCUUCACCAGCUGCUCCUUUCCUCGGGUCAAACUCCACCCCUACGUCAACCCGUCCCCCCAGCAGAGGGUGAGCGCGGGCAGGCUGCUGCUCACCCCGGUCACAUGUGCACCCCACAGCCAAUCAGAGGCCGGUUCAAGCUCCGAUUCAGACUCAGACUCAGACUCAGAGAUGGAGCUUGAUUUAAGCACACUCAUGGACUUAUGAGGGGCAGGGCUCUCAAAGUACCAAAAUGUACAGGUUCUCCGCUUUAUCUCAGGGAUUGACACUUUGCAGCUGAUGUCAUCAGCAUUUCCUGGUGGGAUGUGAUGCUAACAGUAGGCACUGCUGUGUCUGAGGCUUGUUUUGUUUUAAUACAUUUGACCAGAAAGACUUAGUUGGAACUAAAAUAAGCAAGAUGAAUUGUGCUGUUAAACAAGUCCUGUACUCACAGUCAUAAGGUAGCUAGAAUUAUCCAACAGUUUUUCACUUAGGCACUUUCACCUUUUUGUUGAAAAUCAAACUCCUAAACAGCUCCAUGAACACUCGAACUGAUCACAAACUCCUGAAAAUGUGCUCUUUAAAUCAAGAUUUUUCGACAAUCUAAACACUUUUUUUUGCAGUGCUUGCUUAUGUAUGCUUUGUGUCACCAUGGUAACUGAUGAACAUUCCGUCAUACACAUACAUGUAGAACACCAAGCUUGAUGUCACUGCAAAGUAUCCAUUAAAUAUGAAUGGAGCAUUAUGGUACUUUUCUGAUGGAAGGUCUGCACGAGCUUGUCGUGGAUUCAUUGCUUUAUUGCUUUGCAUGUAAUUAUCUCCAUGGAGACAAACACCAGAUGUCACCAGCCCAUGUUAUAAGUCAGAUCUGUGAAGAGGCGACCCACUCUAUGUAUUUUUAAGCAACAAAAAAUGCUGGAAUAGAAUUGUAAUAUUGCUAUGGAUCCUGUAUGGACGACUGAGGAAUUACACAAACUUUUACUUUCAUGCUCAAAAACAUACCCAUACUCUUCAGAAAUUAGUUUCACAUAAUAUAUUAUGAAGCUCCUCCAUGUUUUUAAAGUUCAUCUGCCCUCAUCGUAACUCAGAUGUUCUGAGUUCUCUUCAUCCUCUGACCUUACACAGAGACAUGUCAUCAGGAGCUUCUUUGACUUGUACAUACAUGUUCCACAUUAUGAUGAAAUGAUUCUAACUGCAGCACCAAAGCUACGAUCCAUUUUACAUUUAGUUUAUUUAGAGAGAUUCUAUUACUUAAACAUCUAUGGAUAUGUGUUCUUUUGAAUCUGUAACAUUCUUUAAAGUUUACUGAUCAUUCAUAAAUUAUAUUGUUAAGAUUAUUGUAGCAUGUGUUUGUUAAUGAAUAAUAAUUUAUAUUUUAAAUACAGGUGUAAUGAUACCCUUUUGUACUCUGUUGUUGCAACACUGCACUUUCCCCAUUGUGGGUCCAAUAAAGAUUGAAUUCUUUUA